AUGUCUGUCGUGUCGCUCCUCGGGGUUCAGGUGAACAACAACCCCUCCAAAUUCACCGACAAGUACGAGUUCGAAAUCACCUUUGAGUGCUUGGAGCAGCUCGAGAAGGAUCUUGAGUGGAAGCUGACUUAUGUGGGAUCCGCCACGUCUGAUCAAUAUGACCAAGAGCUCGACUCGCUCCUUGUCGGCCCCAUCCCCGUCGGUGUGAACAAGUUCAUCUUUGAGGCCGACCCCCCAGACACGAAGCGCAUCCCCGAGACCGAGAUUCUGGGUGUUACUGUCAUCCUCCUCACCUGCGCUUACGAUGGGCGCGAGUUUGUCCGUGUCGGCUACUAUGUGAACAAUGAAUAUGACUCGGAGGAGCUGAACGCUGAGCCCCCGACCAAGCCCAUUGUGGAGCGGAUCCGGCGCAAUGUGCUCUCGGAGAAGCCCCGAGUCACCCGCUUCGCCAUCAAGUGGGAUUCCGAGGCGUCUGCUCCCGCCGAGUUCCCUCCCGAGCAGCCCGAGGCCGACCUGGCGGCUGACGAGGAAGACUACGGCGCCGACGAGGCCGCCGAGGACGAAGAGGAAGCUACCGCUGAGAAUGGAAUCGCCGAGGCUGUCAACGGCGAAGAGGUCAAGGGCGAGGAUUCCGCCAUGGCUGGCGUUGACGAGACUGCCGAGAACGGAGCCGAUGAGGACGAGCUGUCCGAUGAGGGCAGCGAAGACAUCGAGGGCGAGAGCGAGGACGAGAUGGAGGAGGAGGAAGAGGAGGGCGAGGGCGAGGGCGAGGCCGCUGGCGGUGAUGAGAUGGAGGUUGACACCGACGUCAAGGCCGAUGCCGCACACCCUGCCCAGGUUGCUUCGCACUGA